AUGAAAAAGGAGAAGUACAACUCUCUUGACGAGAAGGAGGCCAACUACUGCCAAGUAUUCAUCGAGCACCUGACAAAGGAAGCCCUAGUUUGGUUCUCCAACCUGCCUGCCGAGUCGAUUGAUAACUUCGACGACUUGACCAACGCCUUCUUGAAGCACGUCCUGCUGGAGGCGCUCCGCAAUGGUCUUUGGUACGACUCCAAGUUUAAGGAGGACUUAUCGCUAAGACCCCCCACCACCUUGGAGGACGCGUUCCAUCGAUCCCAGAGCUACAUCUUCCUCGAGGAGGAUUAA